AUGCACUUGGAACGUGAAGAAAUAGCGAUAGCCGAACUCCCGGACGUGGACUCGUUGAAACUGGAUGAAGAAACGUGCAUCAAAUUGGAGGAAAUAAUCUCGCGAGAGUUAGAAGAACUAGACAUCGUGCGUGAGAUAGAGAAACAGCAGCUACUAGCCGAGCAGCAGCAAAAGGCGGAGGCGCGAGCAGAAGAACGGCGAAGGCAAGUGGCCGAACAAGAACAAAUAUACCAACCUGAAGAAAAAUACUAUUCGGACUCGAGUGAAGAUAGCUGGGAGGAUCCGGAUGACGGGUGGUUUGAGAGGCAUUCACCUAGGAAGCCCCGUCGUGUCACUCCUCUCGUAGUACAGACCGAUGAUCCCACUGAAAUGCCAACGGAGGCGGGAAAGGUUGAGGUGUUGGAGGGGCAGCAAGUGGAGGGAGAGAAAGUCGAAGAUGCAGAGUCGAAGAAAAAGAAGAAGAAAAGGAAAAAGAAGAAAAAGAAGAAAUCGCUUGAGAGAAGAAGAUCGUCCAUCGCUCUUUCGAGCCUCACUAGUAGUGGCACCACUGACAAAGACGCUACGAAGAAACCCGUAAAGAAGGUGAAGAAGAAAAAGAAGCCGCCAGCUAUCGUAAACCAUAGGAACUUCGAAAUCGAAAUA